AUGAUUAGAAAAAUUGCUGAUCAUAUAGAAGGAGAGGUUAAUAAAUUACUUUGGGCAUUUGUUAAAUAUGAAGCAACAAAAACUAUCCUUUUACCUAAAAAUAAUACUGUUAAAGAAUGGAAAUUUAAAAAUAAACAUUUCCGAAUGAAAUCUUUAACAAAUCAUUCCAACAAUGAAAACAACAAUGAAAGAUUGGCUUUUCUAGGAGGCUCUAUAAUCGAUAAUAUAGUAUCUUAUUAUCUUUUUUGUUGCAUUCCAAGAUGUAAAAUAUACACACUUGUAUAUUUAAAGCAAAAAAUUUUAGAUAAAAUAACUUUGGCCGGAUUUUUUAAAAAAUUGAAAUUAGAAAAACAUUUAAUAUUAGAUAAAGGAAAUGAAAUGGAUAGACAUAUUAAUGAUAAUAUUCACGGUGAAACUUUUAAAGCAUAUAUUGGUGCAAUAUAUUUAGAUUGUAAUUGCGAUUUUGAUAAAGUUAGAGAUUAUAUGAAACCAUUCUUAACACCUUUUCUCGAUAAAUGGGCUGAAAUUUUAAAGGAUACUGAAGACAAUAAUGAGAUUCCUUCGGAGCUAGAGCAUAUAGUUAAACUCGAUUUGCAAAUAUUAAAAAAAGGGACUUGA